CACGUUCUGCCAACUUUCCUCUUUACCACUUCGGGCGUCUAUUGCGUCCCUUCGUUCUGUUGGCAACUCCUUCCCUGAAUAAAUCUCCUUGUGUCAGGGAAAGGCCGGGGUGGAUCCCUCACGUGACCACACCCCACCUUUGGGUGCUCGCCACAUCUGGCGCCAACCCCCACACCGCAGAUCGCAUCACGGAAGCGCAGGGAGGCCCUGACUGUCACAGGACAAACCCGAGCCCGAAUCUGACUUCCUCCUUUCCCCCAGGCCGGCAACUACCCCGGAAACCCGAGAAUCACGAAUUAAUUAACGAACAGCCGCGGGCUCGUCGCUCUCCCCAACGCGGAAGGCUCCGGGUGGAAGCGCCCUUCCCUUCCCUACCCGCCCUCCCAGCCCCGGGGGUCGCUUCCACCACACGCGCGCAGGCCCCAGCUCCGGGGGCGCAAACAACGGCACGCACACGGUCCCCGCGGCCGUCACCGUAACGAUGCGUGCGCGCUGUGCGUCAUGACGUCACACGCCCACGUCCCCCGCGGCGCACAUCCGGGACCCAGAGAAGUCUCGCAUUGGUGCGAAUUUCCCGUUCCCCGUCCUGGCCGUGUGGUGCGCGGCCCCAUUGCUUGGGCAGCUGCGAGCCGCAGGCGGGCGAGGCGAGACCGCCUCUGCAUCGCGUGAGCAGGGGCUGGGGGAAGCCUCGGCGCGCGCUCCUGGGCCCAAGCGCGUCCCCACGUUGCUGCGUGGCGUGUCCCUACGCUGCUUCCAUCCGGGCCCGGGCGGCCCACGUGUGUUUGUUUAAAAAACCAAACCAAACCCAAAUUUGUAAAUAUUCUAAAGAAAAGCAAAAAAAAAAAAAAAAAAAAAAAAAAAACCUCUUUAGUGCUUUUUUCCGUGAAAAGGGAGGAAAAUAAGAAAAUGUCUCUUUUCCCCAAAAUAUCCUUGAGACCCGAAGUCGAAGACUACCUCAGGGCGAGCUUUAAGAAUGAGGAGAUUGUAACUGUUUUAGGUGCUCAGGAAGCAGAAAGGAAAUUUGAAACCUUGUUAAAUUACUUGUCACACCCACCAGCAUUCACAACUGUUAGAGUGAAUACUCAUUUAGCAUCUGUAAAACAUGUGAAAGAUUUGCUACUUGAAGAAAUAAAUAAGCAAUUUAAAGGAUUAAGUGUUCCAAUUCUUCAGCACCCAGAUGUUUGGGAUAUGUUACUUAUUCCUGUGAUUGGACCCAGGAAAAAUAUAAACAAACAACCCUCUGAAGUCAUUGUUGGAGCUCACUGUGGUAAUGCAGUGCUAAGGGGAGCACAUGUCUACGUUCCAGGAAUCAUGUCUGCAUCAAGAUUUAUGAAAGCUGGAGAUGUUGUCUCUGUUUAUUCCGAUAUUGAAGGAAAAUGUAAAAAAGGAGCCAAAGAGUUUGAUGGAAAAAAAGUAUUUCUUGGAAAUGGGAUUUCUGAACUGAGCCGCAAUGAAAUGUUCAGUUUGAGCAGCCCACUGAAAGGCAUAGGUAUACGAAUGACAGAACCAGUAUAUCUCAGCCCUUCAUUUGACAAUGUACUGUCCAGUGCCUUGUUUCUACAGAAUUUGCCCUCAGCAGUGGUAAGCCAUGUUUUGAAUCCACAGCCUGGAGAGAAGAUUCUGGAUAUGUGUGCAGCACCUGGAGGCAAAACAACUCAUAUUGCAGCAUUAAUGCAUGAUCAGGGUGAAGUAAUAGCACUGGACAAAAUACCCAAUAAAGUAGAAAAAAUAAAGCAAAAUGCUGCAUUAUUACAUUUGAACUGCAUCAGGGCCUUCUGCUAUAAUGGGACAAAAGCACUUGGGAAGGUAGAGAAUGGACAAGUUACAGGAGGACCACCCUUCUCACCUGAGUCCUUUGAUCGAAUUCUUCUUGAUGCCCCCUGUAGUGGGAUGGGACAAAGACCAAACAUGGCUUAUACCUGGACUCUAAAGGAAGUGACAUCUUAUCAGCCAUUACAAAGGAAACUCUUUACAGUGGCAGUUCAGCUGCUUAAGCCAGGCGGUGUGCUGGUCUAUAGCACGUGUACAGUCACCCUGGCAGAGAAUGAAGAACAGGUUGCUUGGGCCCUCAAGGCUUUUCCUUGUCUCCAGCUUCAGCCUCAGGAACCACAUGUUGGAGGACCAGGAAUGGUAGGAGCUGGCCUAUCUCUUGAUCAGCUGAAGCAGUUGCAGCGAUUUGAUCCAUCCAUCAUACCUUUAAAGGGCACCGACAUAACCUCUGUUAGAAAUGCCAGCAGAGAAGACAUGAUUUGGUUAGCAAAUAAGGACUGUAUAGGGUUUUUUAUUGCAAAAUUUGUAAAGUGUGAAAGUGUUUAGGAAAAGAAUUAUCGGAAGUCAGAAUUUCGUUGAGUGUCUGUUACAUAAAAAUAUUAUUGGUGUAGUGUUUUCAGGCCUAUAGGCUGAUGAUAUGGUUGCUAUGGAAGCAGGAAAAUGUGCCAGUUUUUCUUUUAGGAAUCAAGAGUCACAGGUUAAAAAAGUCAAAAGGGUAGAAUGAGAUUAUGUUUAUAAAGGAUUCUUUUUUACUUAUGUCUUUAACAGACUACAAAGAAGAUACCUUCAGAUGUCUGAAAAUAGCUUCUUCUGUUUUUGUUCAUAAAAAAUGUGAUAUGAUCAAUGUCAGAUUAUAUUUUCUACAGAUUUCCUUUUUAAAAUGCAGAUUUAACUUUAAUAAGUAAACACUUUGUUAUAUUAAAAAUAUAAAAAGUAUGAAAACAUUUUGUAAUAUUAUCACUGUAUAAGGAAUUGACAUUUUUAUAUGUUUUGUUAGUUUACCUUUUUCAGCUGUUGUUUGGAAAAUCUUAUCUCUUGUAACUGAAAUAAAGUUAAUAGUAUUUCUUGAACAC